AUGGUUGCAAGGUGGCAUUCUCGGGUAGCUCUGGCGGCACUCCUGAUUGCAUUCCUUCUUUUGUUGUCUCAAUUCUACAUAAAAUCCAACGACCCUCCAAUCGUACACCAGCUUGGCAUUCAGGGUUUUAUUGUCGAUAGCGGCCGCACAAAAGUGAAGCGUCAGAAGCUGCCAAAUCUGGAGCAGUUAGACUGGCCGGAACUAGAAUAUUUGCCUCUUCCGUUGGGUGUUACAAGAGCCGAUCAAAUUCCUUGGGGACCACAAUACAGUCGUGAACAGAUGCGGACCCAAUGGAAACUCUUCAGUAUUUUUGAAGACGUCAUGGAGGAACUGGGUUUGAGUGACAAAUGGAUGAUCUGGGGUGGCAGCCUGGUUGGAUCUUUUCGUCACCACGAUAACAUACCCUGGGACGAUGACCUUGAUGUUGUCGUUGAUUUCAAGGUCAGGGAUGCGCUCUGGGAGAAAAUGCUUGAGAUGCCACCCGAAAUUAUAAUUCAGCAGAGCCAUCUCAGAGAUAAGAUCUACGCAAAAUUCAUUGAACCUUACAAUACUGCGCAGGAUGUCGAAGGUAGCCGCAACCUGAGUAGCUGGGGCUGGGGUUGGCCUUUCAUUGAUAUCGGGUACUACAUCACCAACGCAACCCAUUUGGAAGAACGUGCCUUUUACGGUCCUGGGCAUCAGACCUGUGCCAUGUCUGAUGUGUUUCCCCUCAUAUUCCGGCCAUUCUACAAGCACUGGGUCCCAGCGCCGAGAAACACCUUUGCGGCUAUUAUGCAGCCGAAUAUUGGACAGGUCGACUGCCUCACAUCCGGAUGGUCUCAUCCGUUUGAGAGGCACAGGCAGCGUCAGUUAAAACCGUGCAGCGAACUGGCGCAUCGGUAUGCUUUCGUUGAACACAGCCCUCUCUACAACAACAGCGACCAGGGCAGUCCGUCAGACCUGACGUGGGUCCGGGAGAGGCUUCUUCUUGGUCACCGGAGCAUUCACGAACUACGCCUGGUAGCACCCAGACAUGUGGCACAUGUGGAAACCUACAGGAUGCGUGUGGUGACGCCCUAG